AGGGAACAACCUCCAGAGCCAUGAUGAGCAGCCAGGCUGAUAGUAAAAGGAGCCUCCCCUAGUUGGAGUAUUUUGUUAAAUCCUAGUAAAAAAAAAAAACCCUAAAAGCCCAUCUGGCGAUAUGAUAAUUCAUUAAGUGAAAAGAGGAGGCAGAAGGCUGGGGAGGAUCGAGCCUUUUCUUUCUUUGUCUCCUGUGUUUGAGUUAUUGAGCAAUCACAGUGAUCAAAAUCUGGAUUCCAAAUCGUGCUGGAGUGGAGGAAAACCCAUGGGACAUGCUGGGCGUGUUUUAAUAGUGUCUUCCCAGAAAGGACAGUUUUCUGCAGCUGUGACGUCGUGAACUGAUGUGUUGGUCAGAGUGGCCUUCAGAAUUGGUGGGAGACAGAGUGGGGAGGAUCAGGGGAUGAGAACUCUGUCCUGGAGGAAGGAGCUGGAAUCGUGCAGGGAAGCUCCUCAUUCUUCCUGAGCUGGCGAUGACACACCCUCUGGGUGGCGAACCCCAGCCCACAGACUCGUGGGAGGAGAGCCAGGGCCCAGGCCUUUCCUCUGAGGAGUGGAUGCGGUCCCUCUGUGUGCCAGCCACGUCGGGAGGAAAGGCUGCAGUCUUGGGGCUUUGUGCACGUUGAUGACCUGGGAACUGACUGAGCUCAUGGACCCUCACCACAUCCUCAAAGACAACCAAGUGGCCCACCCCCAGGACCCCCACCACCCCGCGGAGAAGCCUGUCAUCCACUGCCAUAAAUGUGGGGAGCCGUGCAAGGGCGAAGUGCUCCGGGUCCAGACCAAACACUUCCACAUCAAAUGUUUCACCUGCAAAGUGUGCGGCUGUGACCUGGCCCAGGGGGGCUUCUUCAUCAAGAACGGGGAGUAUCUCUGCACCCUGGACUACCAGAGGAUGUACGGGACACGGUGCCACGGCUGCGGGGAGUUCGUGGAAGGAGAGGUGGUGACCGCCCUGGGCAAGACCUACCACCCCAACUGCUUCGCUUGUACGAUCUGCAAGCGCCCAUUUCCACCCGGAGACCGAGUCACAUUCAAUGGGAGAGACUGCCUCUGCCAACUCUGUGCACAGCCGAUGUCUUCCAGCCCUAAAGAAACCUCCUGCUCCAGCAACUGCGCUGGCUGUGGACGGGACAUCAAGAACGGGCAGGCGCUGCUGGCGCUGGAGAAGCAGUGGCACUUAGGCUGCUUCAAGUGCAAGUCCUGCGGGAAGGUCCUCACCGGGGAGUACAUCAGCAAGGAUGGCGCUCCGUACUGCGAGAAGGACUACCAGGGGCUCUUCGGGGUGAAGUGUGAGGCCUGUCACCAGUUCAUCACAGGGAAAGUCCUGGAGGCAGGCGACAAACACUACCACCCCAGCUGUGCACGAUGCAGCAGAUGCAACCAGAUGUUCACAGAAGGAGAGGAAAUGUAUCUUCAAGGUUCUACCGUUUGGCACCCCGACUGUAAGCAAUCCACCAAGACGGAGGAAAAGCUGCGGCCACCAUACAUUCGUCGCUCUCCAUCUGCUUUCUUUUAUCCCAAAAGUCUGAUUCGACGCACAGGACGGUCCCCGUCUCUGCAGCCUACCAGGACUUCCUCCGAAAGCAUCUAUUCUAGACCAGGCUCCAGUAUCCCUGGCUCUCCCGGUCACACUAUAUAUGCAAAAGUGGACAAUGAAAUCCUGGAUUACAAGGAUUUAGCAGCCAUUCCCAAGGUCAAGGCAAUUUAUGACAUUGAACGUCCAGAUCUCAUUACCUACGAGCCUUUCUACUCUUCGGGCUAUGAUGACAAACAGGAGAGGCAGAGCCUGGGAGAGUCUCCAAGGACUUUGUCUCCUACCCCAUCAGCAGAAGGGUACCAGGAUGGCCGGGAUCGGAUGAUCCACCGGUCCACCAGCCAGGGCUCCAUCAACUCCCCGGUGUACAGCCGCCACAGCUACACUCCGACCACGUCUCGCUCUCCCCAGCAUUUUCACAGACCUGGCAAUGAGCCAUCCAGCGGCCGGAACUCCCCUCUCCCCUACCGGCCGGACAGCCGCCCUCUAACUCCAACUUACGCUCAGGCCCCUAAACAUUUCCAUGUUCCAGAUCAAGGGAUCAACAUUUACCGAAAACCACCCAUCUACAAACAGCAUGAUGCAGCUGCCCUGGCAGCCCAGAGCAAGUCUUCAGAAGACAUCAUCAAGUUUUCCAAGUUCCCAGCAGCCCAGGCUCCAGACCCCAGCGAGAUACCAAAGAUUGAGACGGACCACUGGCCUGGUCCCCCCUCACUUGCCGCCGUAGGAGCUGACACGAGACGCAGAUCUAGUGGCAGAGAGGAAGACGAUGAGGAGCUUCUGAGACGCCGGCAGCUUCAAGAAGAACAAUUAAUGAAGCUCAACUCAGGCCUGGGCCAGUUGAUACUGAAGGAAGAGAUGGAGAAGGAGAGGGAGAGCCGGGAGAGGGCUGCCCUGGCAGCCAGUCGCUACGAUUCCCCCAUCAACUCAGCUUCACAUGCUCUGUCGUCUAAAACCUCAUCUCUCCCAGGCUAUGGAAGAAAUGGGCUUCACCGGCCUGUUUCUACAGACUUCGCUCAGUACAACAGCUACGGGGACGUGAGCGGGGGAGUGCGAGACUACCAGACCCUCCCGGAUGGCCACAUGCCUGCAAUGAGAAUGGACCGGGGGGUCUCCAUGCCCAACAUGUUGGAACCAAAGAUAUUCCCAUAUGAAAUGCUGAUGGUGACCAACAGAGGGCGUAACAAAAUCUUAAGAGACGUGGACAGAACCAGGCUGGAGCGCCACUUAGCCCCUGAAGUGUUCCGGGAAAUCUUUGGGAUGUCCAUACAGGAGUUCGACAAGUUACCUCUUUGGAGACGCAACGACAUGAAGAAAAAAGCAAAACUCUUCUAGGUCCCACACGGAGACUGCAAUUAGAAAAAGGACUGACAAUGGCGGCGACACGUAGGCUGUUGUUUUAAGGCCCAAACUUGAUUGGAGAACUUGCAAACUACUGUCCCUCGGCAACAACAAAAAGGGAAAAUCCGAGUAAAACACCCACGAGCCAAAUGGCGGGCCAACCCACGGCAACACCUGCCCAGAAGCAACGGGGUCGAGAUGCCUGUGUUCCCUCACUCAACAGUAGCGUUCACGUGUGACCUUCUUACAUCACCUGAUGUACACGAUAGGAGCGCCUUCUUUUGUCUUCCUUCAGCUGUUGUCCAACCGUAGUGCUGACUGUGUGGAUAAGAGCCAGCAAGUGCCCUUAGGAUGCCGCAUGGGAAAAAAAGCAGUUGUAAUAAUUCCAAAGUCUGAAUAUAUUUAUUCUGUAGCACCGAGGCUGAGAAGGAAGAGCCAGAGGGACAGAUCGUGGGGGAGCAGCCUUUGCACACGCCUUUCCUCACCGGCCUUAGGCAGCUCUGCCUGUGCUUUAGCAGGAUGGAAAUCCGAGUCGAGGACCCCGGCUGCUCUGUCUGAGUGGGUUGAAUAGCCGCCAAAGUCAUUUUUAAUAAGCUCCUCGUUCCCUACUGUUUGCUAAGAGCUGAUGGGCAAAUGGCUUAGCUGUUAUCGAAAAAAAAAAAUUAAGAGAAGGAGAAGAAACGGCAUGAAUGAAAAUUCUCCCUUCACUCU